AACAGCGAGUUGCUAUAUUAUAAAGAAGAAUGAUACGCAUACCAAAAUAACUAUGAAGAAAACUUUUACCGCAAUUAUUAAAAAACGUAUUUGUACAGUUGCAAGUGUUUCUGCAAUAAACAGGUGGUAAAUAGAAUUCAACUCAUUUGUUCCUGAAUGAGUUUAUCUCAAUCAUCCAAUACUAAUUUCCAAAGUCAUUAUGAGAUGAUGAUGAUAAUAAUAAUAAUAGUAAUGAGCAAUAAUUGAUCUGUGAAGAAAAAAAAACAAGCUACAAAUCCAAUCUCGCAUUAAUUUCCUCUUAUUAUAAUUUACUCGAAGAUGUCUAUUGGAAACAUCUUAGUAAUAACAUGGAUGUGGUUCCUUAUUUUUGGGGGAAAAUCAUCAAUGAGUGAGUGGAUAGAUAUACCGGAAUUUUCAGAUGAAUCCAAAGUUUAUAGAGUAUCCUUCAAUAAAUACGAAAGGAACAAAAUUGCUGAGCGACACUCGAACAGUGAUAAUAAGUAUGCUUUUCACACUUCUGAUUUUUAUAAUGUGGGGAAUGCAAAAGGAACAACAGAUAAUCCUUUUUUCAAAUUUCCAACUACAACAUUGAAAGAUGACCUGACGACGAUUGUUGUUUCUCAAGUAAUUAGUUAUAAAAAAGUAAAUGACUCUGCGACAAAUUUGAAUAAAGUGACUGGAGAUGAUAACAGUAAAGAUGAUGAUGAUGGAGUAGUAACUGAAGAACAUGAUGAAGAAACUACAACAGAAAAUCCAACUAUUUCGAGUGAGAAACCAUCGGAUUUGCCAGAAUCAACGAUAAAUGACGGAGGAAAAUCUUCACUUGAUUAUUUACCCGUGGAUUUAUUCAAACAAGUCCAUCGGAUGCUUUUGCAAAACAAACAGACGAGUAUCAAAGGAAAGUUUGAUUUUUUGAGGAAAUUUAAAUACGCAUUGUUGAAAGAGAUAGAAUCAAGGCUUGCUGCCUUGAUAGGUCCCACCGCUCCCACCAGGGUGAAAAGAGGGUCUGGCUGGGAUGACGAUCAUGUCGGGUUUCCCUCAGUGGAAGGCGCAUUACUCGCAAUAUCUUUCCUGACAUUUGCUGUUUAUCUUGUGCAAUUAGUAAUGAUGUUAUUCAGAAAUCUGGCAAACAAUUCAUCGGCAACGAGUACAGUAUUGGUCAAUAGAAAUAAACGAUCAACUGCUAUCUCCGAAGAGACUGUGAGAAUUCUCCAAUAUCUUGAGGAAUUCACAAUGAAACAAAAAAAUACCCAUUAAACAAUAAUAAUGUAUAGUAAAACUAAUAA